CCUAAACUCCAUUGGUCCACGAGCAUCAGUCUGGCUGAAAGUUUACUUGAAACAACUCUUUGUAUCAGAGGCGAGCCAGUGAAGGCUGCUUUCAUUUCUCGCCAUAACACGAUUACACCUCUCAGGCCACUCUACGUCCGUCGACCUCAGGCGUGAGGCCCGUGCACGCAGGCUCCCGGCAUCUGACAUGUUUUUCACAACGACCAGCAACUACGAGCGUCUCGAAGGCGGCUUAGGUCCUGGCCGUGCCACUAGGAUGAUAGCAUGGAAGAAAUUCGCAAUUGGUGCUGGAGUGCUCAUUUCGUUGGUUUGGUUUUUCGGACCGAGGUCGAGCCUAAAUUUGAUACCUGAUUCGCCAAUGCCUGGCAUGGAUGAUGGAGAUGCUUAUCUACCACCACUACAUAUACCCACAACGACACCUUCAGAUCACUCAGAGGAUGAGACCACUGGUACCUCACCACCACCCCAAACCUCCUUUCCAACCUCCCCCGAGACAGACCCAGACCUCCUCAAAACUGUACACUGUACAUCCCCCCAUUCUCCCGACCUUCCUCUUGUGCAGUAUGCCCUCAUGAUUGACGCUGGUUCCACCGGCUCACGCAUCCACAUCUACAAAUUCCAUAAUUGCGGACCCUCCCCAACCUUUGAAUACGAGGUGUUCCGCAUGAUACAACCAGGACUAUCUGCGUAUGCAGGACUGCCAACUGCAGCGGCAGAGAGUCUCGACCCACUCCUCGACGAAGCCAUGAACGUGGUACCAGACUCCCUGCGCAGUUGUACCCCCGUUGCUGUCAAAGCCACUGCUGGGCUCCGACUUCUUGGCACUUGGAAAAGCGAUGAGAUCCUGAAAGCAGUGCACGAGCACAUCCUCCACAAAUAUCCCUUCUCAUUCCCUGACAAGGAUGGCGUGGUGAUCAUGGACGGUAAAGACGAGGGCGUCUAUGCGUGGAUCACUGCGAACUACCUUCUGAACACCAUUCGAGGUGAUUCGCCCGAGGGUGUAUCGCCUUAUGCUGUGCUCGAUUUGGGUGGAGGGUCCACGCAGAUCGUGUUCGAGCCGGAGUUCGGCGAUGAGAAGGGUGAUGAAGGUCUCCAGGAGGGCGAGCAUAAGUAUGAGCUUGAGUUUGGCGGGGCUAAGCGGGUGUUGUACCAGCACUCGUAUCUUGGAUACGGCCUCAAGAGCGCUCGGGAGAGCGUGCAUCGUGUCGUCCAAUUCAUGGAUUCUCUGAGGUCUAGCAAGAAUAGUGCUAGCGGUCGGAGGAGAAUGAUUCACAACCCUUGUUUGGCUCAAGGAUCGGUGAAAGAAGUAGAGCUCUCUGUAGGAGAUGGCGAUCCUGUGACAGUGACGAUGACGGGGUCAGAUAUCGGCAGUUUUGAGGCUUGUAAUCGAGUCUUGGAGCUCGUCAUGGCCAAGGAUGACGUCUGUGAGCUCAAACCUUGCUCUUUCAACGGUGUUUACCAGCCAUCACUCCUGGACGCUUUCCCUCACGGAAAAAUCCUCCUUCUCUCGUAUUUCUACGAUCGAGUCACCCCACUGCUCUUAACAGACUCAUCAUCAGAUCAUCCUCAGCCCCCCAUGACAAUCUCAACAUUCGCCACGCUUGCCAAACGGGUCUGCGCGGGACCCACCAGCUGGAAAGAAUACUGGGGUACAUAUCCUGAAGUCAUGGAUGAAUUAGAAGGUCGACCAGAGUGGUGCCUCGAUCUCAGUUUCCAGCAUGCCUUACUGGUGCUUGGAUACGAGUUCAGCGAUGAUCGGGAGGUGCAGCUUGGGAAACGUAUUGAAGGUACGGAGCUUGGUUGGUGUCUUGGUGCUACGAUAGCGAUGGUGGGCGGAAAUCUACGUUGUCGGGUGUAGUGCCCGACGAGGACCAACAUUCUAAUACAGAUAGAGUUACCAACUUAUUUUAUCUUGGACGUAAGUAACGCAAUGGAACUUUCAUUACAUGCGGUGCUCCUCGUGCUGUGGCACUGUACGCCGUCCUAACUACUUUUCCGCCACAGGCUGCUCUGGUGUCGCAAUUACCUAGAGAACGAGCUGCACAAAUCACUCAUUUAUUAUCAUGUCUGCUUUGAAUCAUAUACCCUCCUGUGGUACCAACGCUCGCAUGUAAUCGCAGUACCCGUACGUAAUAGGAGGUGUUGCAACUUUA